UUAUGGCGGAUCCAAGAAUACGCCAGAUAAAAAUAAAGACUGGAGUCGUGAAACGGCUCGCUAAGGAAGAGGUGUUAUACAUAAAGGAGGCAAAACAGCAAGAGGAGAAAAUUGAACGCCUGAAAGCAGAGGCAGGGGACGAGUAUGUUAUCAGGAAACAGAUGGAGGUGUUGCAGGAGUCAAGAAUGAUGAUUCCAGACUGUCACCGCCGUUUAGCCAUGGCUCAUGCUGAUCUGCAGCAGCUGUUGGAAAUGGAGGUGGAUGUUGAAGAAUCGGAGGAAUACAAGGAGGCCAGAAGUGUUUUAGACUCUGUCAAACUGGAGGGAUGAUGUAAACACACAUGCGCAACAAGUGUCCAUUCCAUUAUUCAGGACUUCUUAAAAAUGUUGAUUCGGAAAUAAGUCUGCUCAUCGUCUCAUUGUUGUAUUGAUUUGUAACACUACGAAUAGUGUGCCUCUGCAUUCUCUGUUGACUGUUCACAAAACGAAAUAAACAAUCUUAUUAUUCA